UAACUCAACCCUGGUUCAGAAACGAAAAAAUGUCGGCUUCGGCGGGCGGACGCUACUCGGGUAGUGGGAGUGGCUCGGCCACGGGGGGCGGGAGUCCGCAUUUGACUAAGCAGAACUAUGACUUGGAUCAGAUUUGGGGCGAUUUACGUCAAGGCAUCGAGCAAGUUUUCGCACGACAAAAUAUGGGCAUGCCCCGCUACAUGGGCCUGUACACGCAUGUGUACAAUUACUGCACGAGCGUGCACCAGGGACCCGGCGGGAGCCUGGGCUUGGGGGCGGGCAGUGCCACGGGUGGGGCUCUGGGCUUGGGCGGACCCGGUGCGGGCCCCGGCGGCGCGAGCAGUGGUGGUGGCGCCAGCCGCAAUGGUGCCAAAAGCAAGAAGACGUCGAGCACGCUCUCGACGGUGGGCGGCGGGUCGUCGCCUGGUCAGAGCGGGGCCCAAUUCGUGGGCUAUGAGCUCUACAAACGACUCAAAGAGUUCCUCAAGAACUAUCAAGUUCGAUUGCUCGAGAAUGGCGUGGAUCUCAUGGAUGAGGCGGUCCUCAAGUUCUACACGUCGCAGUGGGAAGAGUACCAGUACAGUGCCCGGGUCCUGAAUGGCGUGUGCUCGUACUUGAACCGCCAUUGGGUCCGGCGUGAGUGCGAAGAAGGACGCAAGGGCAUCUACGAGAUCUAUCAAUUAGCUCUGGUCACUUGGCGAGACUAUUUGUUUAAACAACUCCAUUGCCAGGUCACCAACGCCGUGUUGAAACUGAUCGAGCGCGAGCGCAGUGGGGAUACCAUCAACACCCGUCUCGUCUCGGGGGUCAUGAAUUGCUACGUCGAGCUAGGGUUGAAUGAGGAUGAUCCGUCGGCUCGAGGACAAAAUCUCGUGGUCUACAAGGAGUCCUUUGAGAAUCAAUUCUUGGAGGACACAGAACGUUACUACAAUCGCGAGUCAACCGAGUUCCUGCAACAAAACCCCGUGACUGAAUACAUGAAGAAGGCCGAGACACGUUUGAAAGAAGAGGAACGGCGGGUACAAUUCUAUCUCCAUGAGACCACCUUGAGCCGAUUGCUCAAAGCGUGCGACAAAGUAUUGAUCGAGAAACACUUGGAGAUAUUCCACUCCGAGUUCCAAAACUUGUUGAACGCUGACAAAAACGACGAUUUGGGACGAAUGUACCAACUUGUGUCUCGCAUUGACAACGGACUGGGCCACUUAAAGUCCUUGCUUGAGAACCAUAUCAACCAACAAGGAUUGUCGGCCAUCGAAAAACUGGGCGACGAAGCUCUGAAUGAUCCCAAACUGUAUGUGAGUACAAUUCUCGAAGUGCACAAAAAGUACAACGCUUUAGUGUUGACUGCCUUCACCAAUGACACGGGCUUCGUGGCGUCGUUGGACAAGGCUUGCGGAAAAUUCAUCAACAAUAAUGCCGUGACAAAGCGAGCCAACGCCAGUACCAAGAGCCCAGAACUAUUGGCAAAAUACUGUGAUCAUUUACUCAAGAAGAGUAGUAAAAAUCCCGAAGAGGCCGAGCUAGAGGAUACACUCAAUCAAGUGAUGGUCGUGUUCAAGUAUAUUGAAGACAAAGAUGUGUUCCAGAAGUUCUACAGUAAAAUGUUAGCAAAACGUUUAGUCCAGCAUAUGUCGGCUAGUGACGAUGCAGAGGCUUCCAUGAUAUCCAAAUUGAAACAAGCCUGUGGGUUCGAAUAUACCUCCAAGUUGCAGCGCAUGUUCCAAGAUAUCGGAGUCUCCAAAGACCUAAACGAGCAAUUCCGGAAGCACCUGACCAACUCAAAUGAGCCACUUGAUGUCGAUUUCCACAUUCAGGUACUCUCGAGUGGAUCAUGGCCGUUCCAACAGUCAUGCGUGUUUUCUCUUCCCUCUGAGCUUGAGCGAUGCGUGCACAGAUUCACCGCAUUCUACGGAGGCCAGCAUUCUGGUCGAAAAUUGAAUUGGCUCUACCACAUGUCCAAAGGAGAGCUUGUGACCAAUUGCUUCAAGAACAGGUACACUCUGCAAGCGUCCACUUUCCAAAUGGCUGUUCUCUUACAAUUCAACGAGUCCGAUCGUUGGACCAUUGCCCAACUCACCGAUUCCACCGAGAUCAAACGUGACAUUCUCAUUCAAGUGGUCCAAAUUCUUCUGAAGUCAAAGCUUCUCAUGAACGAAUCCGACGAGACGGAUGAUGCUAAUUUAGAGCCAACCUCGGUGGUUAAAUUGUUCCACGGAUACAAAAACAAGAAGCUACGGGUGAACAUCAACAUCCCAAUGAAGACGGAGCAAAAACAAGAAAUGGAGCUCACUCAUAAGCAUAUCGAGGAGGAUCGUAAAUUAUUAAUCCAAGCGGCCAUCGUCCGCAUCAUGAAGACGCGGAAAGUGCUGAAGCACCAGCAACUCAUGACAGAGGUUCUCAACCAGCUGUCAUCUAGGUUUAAACCCAAGGUUCCCGUUAUUAAGAAAUGCAUUGAUAUUUUGAUUGAAAAGGAGUACUUGGAACGCCAAGACGGAGCAAAAGAUACCUACAGUUACCUGGCCUAAAAUCCUUCGAUCAAUGUCCCUGCUGUUGGUCCAGAUCCCAGAUCCGCUACCCGUUUUUUGCCCAGGCCCGGCUACCAACGUAGAUAUCUGGAGCUGUUUGAAAGAGUGAACUACGCAACUCACGUCUCACCGACAAUACAAGCAUUCAAAAAGUUAACAGAUAUAUUGUGGCGAUAACCUCUGGUGACUAUUGAAAUAAAUUAAUGGCAGCAGAAAAUGAUC